AUGCAGUGGACCUCCAUUCUUGAGAGGAUACCGUUUCGCCAGCCAGCCGGCGUGCCCGGCUCUGCUGUUCCUGCCAUUGUAAUUGGCAUCUUUGUCUCUCUGGGAGGCAUUCUUUUCGGAUAUGAUACCGGCAACAUCAAUGGCAUUAUUGCCAUGCAGCAAUGGAAAAACAAAUAUUCUACCGGAUACACCAAUGAAACGACCGGAAAACCUGACGUAACAGCCGGGGAAAAAGCCCUGGUAGUCUCCAUCCUCUCUGCCGGUACCUUCUUCGGCUCUCUCGUCGCUGCUCCAGCUGGCGAUAAGAUUGGUCGUCGCUGGGGACUCAUCUGCUCGUGCACUCUUUUCAUCAUCGGUGUCGUUCUCCAGGUCGUUUCCGAGACGAUGCCUUUGUUUGUCGCGGGUCGCGGUAUUGCUGGGUUUGGAGUGGGAAUGCUUUCAACACUUAUUCCCCUAUACCAGUCGGAAAUUGCCCCUAAAUGGAUCCGUGGAUUUGUCGUCGGGACGUACCAACUCUCCAUCACCUUGGGACUUCUGGUCUCAGCGAUUGUAGACAACGCAACCAAAGACCGCCGCGAUUCAGGAGCAUACCGAAUCCCUCUCUCCGUUCAAAUUGGCUGGUCGCUGAUUCUUAUCUCCGGCAUGUUGUUUUUGCCUGAAACACCUCGGUAUCUCAUUAAACGCAACAGGCCCGACGCGGCCUCUCGUUCUCUAGCCAAACUGCGGAAACUGCCACGCAACAGCCCGCACCUGGCUGAAAUCGCCGAGAUUGCCCAGUAUCAUGAACGUGAACUCAACCUAGGAGGUACAUCAUAUUUGGACUGCUUUAGGGGCAAUCUCGGAAAGCGUCUUCUGACAGGCUGUCUGCUGCAGUCCCUUCAGCAACUUACCGGGAUCAAUUUCAUCUUUUACUACUCGACUUCGUUCUUCGAGAACAACGGUAUGUAUGACGCUUUCACCAUAACACUUAUAACGAACAUCGUGAACGUCGUUUCGACAAUCCCGGGCCUGUGGAUGGUCGAGAAAUGGGGACGGCGACCACUGCUAUUCUUCGGCGCUAUCGGCAUGGCGGUUUCCCAAUUCAUCGUGGCUACAAUUGGCACCACCUCCGCUGGGCAUGAUGCUGCCGACAAGGCGUCUUUGGCAUUUAACUGCAUCUAUAUAUUCUUCUUUGCGUGCUCCUGGGGUCCCGUCGUCUGGGUAGUGCCUGGUGAAAUCUUCUCAUUGAAAGUGCGUGCGAAAGCGAUGUCUAUCUCCACCGCAUCCAACUGGCUCUUCAAUUGGGCCAUGUCGUACGCCAUUCCAUAUAUGAUCGAUCCUGGCCAGGGAAAUUUGAACUUGCAGGCCAAGGUCUUUUAUGUCUGGGGUGGGUUCUGUGUGAUAGCGUGCUUAGUGGCGUACCUUUUGGUCUACGAGACCAAGGGCCUGUCUCUCGAACAAGUCGACGAAAUGUAUAGCUCCAUCGGUAAAGCCUGGGAGUCGCAUUACUUUGUUCCCGAGGCACACCCUCCGCGUCCGCGGCCGUGGUCUGGCAACAGAUAUAGUGGCCAAAAGCCACCUAGCGCGACCUAUAAAUGCCAUAUCGAGGCUGUGAAUUCUCCCAAGAAGAAUGAUGAUGACGAUGACGACUACGAAGCCAAAGAAAACGGGAAGACAAUGUCUCCACAGUCAGAAGCCAGUGGAGGCACGUUUUACUUUGAUUUUGAUCGUCCUGUUGGGACUCAACAGUUUUCGUGA